AGGUCGGAGGAGAUCAGUCCCACCCUCGGAACCUCGCUAGAUGAUGCUCAAGUCUCACAAUGGGCUGCGUCCUCGCGCUCGCCCACGUGUACGAGAUCAGUGAAAGUUUCUCCGCCGAGCGGGACAGAUCACCUCCUGCGGCCCAAAUGAUGAUGGAGCGCGCGUGACUUUUCGCCCAUAAACCAUCAUCAUCACAGCGCGUGGAUUCCUACAGCGCGAGCUCGGCAUAAGGCCAACAGCGGCGGUCGCUUCGAUAAGCAAGCGCAGAGGACUCGUAUGAGAUAUCUGAAUCUGUCCGAAGUUUGCGAUCGAGCUUUCGCCCUUCGCGGCUCACGCCGGCCCGCGGCGCGCGCACGAUGCUCCGCGCGCUCCUGCUCGCGCUCGGCUGCCUGUGCGCGCGGGUGCCGGUGGGCGACGGCUGCCAGCUGCCCUCCGACUGGAGGCCCCUGAGCGAGGGCUGCCGCGCCGAGCUCGCCGAGAUCAUCGUGUACGCGCGCGUGCUCUCCGUGCACCCGGAGCCGCACGGCGGCGCGCUCUACAACUACCUGCCGUACCGGGACGAGGGCGCCCCCCACGACCACGGCCUCUUCUACGCGGCCGAGAUCGAGCUGCUGUGCGACCAGGCGUGGGGCAGCAUGCUGGAGGUGCCCGCAGGGUCCCGGCUCAACCUCACGGGCCUCGGCUACUUCUCGUGCCAGUCGCACACGGUGGUGCAGAACUUCUCCUACAUCUUCUUCCUCAGGAUGGAUGAAAACUACCACAUCCUUCCCCAUGGAGUCAACUUCCAGGAUGCCAUAUUCCCUGACACUCUGGAGAACCGCCAGAUGUUCUCCAGCCUCUUCCAGUUCUCCAACUGUUCCCACGGCCAGGCCUUGCAGACCUUCAGCCCCGACUGGGAGAUCCAGGAGGACAACCGGCUUCUGUGCUCCUCGGUGCAGCUGGCCUUGUUUGAGGAAGAGGAGCGGGUGAGGAAGCUGCAGGAGCGCGUGACGCAGCUGGAGAGGCGGAACCAGCAGCUGAAGGAGCGCUUGCGCAAGGUGAAGCGUUCCCUGCGGCAGGCCCGUCGAAACGCCCGCCGUGGCCAGCCCCCCCGGCACCACGCCAAUGCUAUCCAGCAGGACGGCGCAUCGCGCAUUUUCCUCGCAGGGCACUGAGGGAGGAGUGACAGCAACCGGCCACGCCCCGCUGACCUCCGUGCCCCGCCCCCCUCGACCAGACUUGACCUGACGGCCGCUGGGCGGUCUCUUUUCCCCUGCCGUCCAGUCACAGAAUAGCGCCUAUGUUUUACUUCACCUGGCCAGUACGUUCCGCUCUGACUAUUGCUUUGAAUUUCUCAGUAUAUUCAGAAGUACAGCAUGUUCCAUUUUCAUGUACUUUUUCUUAAACUUAUAGAUUAAUACAUCCUUAAUUUUUUAAAUCCUAGUAUACAAUGUCAAGAACCGGUUCCUCAGCCGGUCUCCCGAAGACCCUGGGAUGAUUCAUGUUGAGGACUCGUUAAUUUCGCAAUCCUGCCUUCAUACUGCGCUUACCCUCAACAGCAGAAUGUCUGCUUCUAUCUCAGAAAUGUUUUGGAGCCUUGAUCGUGUCCCGUUAGACGGUCGUUUAAGGUCCUUUAAUCAAGACGUGAUGUACGCAGACACUGCCGCUUCCUGGGUUGUUACUGACCACUGAGCGAAUGAAUUGUGUUAAGAAUGAGCGCGUGAAGAUCCACGUCGUCACCGCACCUCUGGUGAGGUGCCCACGUCCGGGGGAUCAUCAGGAGCUGGUUGUCAUGCCAACCUCCGGCACUCACCAUGGAGAUGAGCGAUGCAUGCAAAGGAAGCACAUUCAGACUGAGGAUACUCAGUGAGGAGUUCAAACAGGAAUUUGGGUGGUUUUCAUAUGUCUCUAACAGUGUAGUACUGCUAGUGCCUGGAAACUUUCCUAUGGCUUUACCAAAGUCAGGACACCUCUGCAUUUACCUUUUUAUAUCCCCUUAGAGCCAGAUGAUCUCAGUUCUUAUCUUGGGAUUCAUGUUUGAGUGGGACAAAGGAGUAACAAAAAUUCAGCUUUAGGGUUAGAAAAAGUGUAAGUAGAAUUUUGCCAGGGCAACAUCCCCUUUGGACAUUAGUCAAAGCUAUACUCAUUAAAGUUAUUCAUGUAGCUGAUGACUUUUUCCAAAGUGACUUACUUUAAGGU